AUGACUGACGAAAUCCAGAUGCUCGGUUUUCAAUACACCCUCAACCACACACAAAUACCACUAGACCCAAAUGAGCAAACGAACAUGCGAUACCGCCUCUUUGCGCGAGCGAUCCGUAUCAAUGGGGUAGCGCAGAUGAAUGUGCUUCAGCCAUUCGUGCAGGCUAAGCUGGACUCAAUACUUCGGAAGAGGAUUGCUUGCAAGUGGACGCCUGUGCAGAUCACGCCGAUUAUGCAGGAGCUUGCUACGGGGAUGAUGGCGCAGUAUAUGUUUGGCGAUGCUCUAUGUGGAGAACCAGCAUUUUCAGCAGCCUUGUCGCGCUUUUACAGCGAUACUAUGAAGUUCAUGGGAGCGCUUCAAUUCACUCCGGACUGGAUUAGCGCCGUGUACUCCUUGAUCACAAACAGAGGGCAAGCAUUGAACCUCGUAUUCAAGCGAUUACGUCGGGCGGCAGACUCACCUACAACCGAGUGGAGGGGCGAUAAGACUUUGAAGUCUAAUCUUCACUUCAUAUUCAUCGAACUCUGUGCACGCCCAGACUAUGUUGACAUGAUCCGUGAAGAACUGCGGAACGUUAAAAGAUUAGAUUACGAAGGGGUGUCAAGCAUGCAGAUACUUGACAGCUUCAUCAAAGAGACGGUCAGAUUGAAUCCAUCAGACAAAUUGUCAAUCCGUCGCAAAGCGCUGAAACCCUACAACUUCUCCCACAGCGGCCCUCAUGUUGCUCAGGGGCAGAUAGCGUGUGUCUCCUCUUGGGACGUCCUACACGACGAGUCGAUUUACGCAAACGCCGACGCCUUCGACGGACUCCGGUUCGUCAAAACCCCAAACAACAACCAAUCGAAAUCAAAAUGCACGAUCGACAUUCAUAACAUUGAUGGCAUGCCUGUUUACGAGGCUACAUCGUACGUUUGGGGCGCACCUGAGGAUGUAUCGUCAGUGGAAAUACUUGCCACUGACCAGGUUUUUCGACUCAAGAUUCCAAAAAACCUCGAGAGAGGCUUGCGUAGAUUUCGAAAGCCGACAGAAAGUCGAGUUCUAUGGGCUGAUAGCAUCUGCAUUAAUCAGACUGAUGACGAUGAGCGAGGCCAACAGAUUCUGUUGAUGGGUCACAUUUACCGCAAUGCUACGAACGUUCUAAUUUGGCUGGGUGAGCAUGAUGACGAGAAGAUGUUGGACAAGGCAUGUACAUGCAUGAAGCUUGUCAAUGCUUCAUUCCCAAAGGUGCAAGAGCUCGAAAAAGGUGUACACGAUGGACUACCGGAAAGUAAGGAAAAAGUCAAUACUUUCUUAGGGGUCACGCGGAGGAAUUCAAGUGACGUCCAUAACGACCUAGGUAUCCCCUUAUGCGACUCACCUGAGUUCGAAGCUUUCAUCACUUGGUCCAAGAAUCCUUGGUUUCUAAGAGCAUGGACGUGGCAGGAGACAUUCCUUGCCCGAAAUCGGAUCUACCAUUGCGGAACGUGGCAUUGGACAAAUCUGUUCAUGCGAAACGUAGGCCUUGCGCUGCGUGGACUGGGCAUAGUCUGCGGCAAUGAGGAUUUCAUGAUCGAGAUAUACCGUCCCGUGCUGCUAAUGUGUGAGGGAUUAGAUUUCUGGACGAGGCGAAUCGAAAGUCCUAAGAUCUGGCUGGAACUCUCAACAUUGCUAUCGAUGAGACGAGGGACUUGUUGUAAAUACCCGAGCGACCUUGUCUACUCCCUUAUAGGAGCGGCGAGAAAUGUACCCAACUUCCAGGUUGACUACAAGUUACCAUUUGAAGAGGUUUUUGCUACAUCUGCCUGGCAUAUCAUGCUCCGAGAUGGCAACCUGUCAAUUCUGUCGAGAACACUCAAAGAUCAACGGUCAGCAAGUUUGCCUACGUGGGUUCCUGACUGGCGCUUCAAAGGACAUGAGACCGGCUUUUCCGCAAGGCUUAGAUAUUAUGACGCUACCAAUCGUUCCAAACCAAAGUUAAGGCUGUCAGCUGAUACGACCGUUCUGUCGGCGUCCGGCUUCAAGUGGGACCAGAUAUUUGCGGUGAAGAGUGCGAGAUCCAAAGAUGUUGACGACUGGCUGAGUCAAGACUACAGAGCUAUGACACAGGAAUCGGACACGUCUGUGCCUCCCGGAGAAACUUUCGAAAGAGCUGCUCGCAGAACUACGUUCCUGGACAUGACUGAAUAUACUCAAGAACGUGAGGUCACGAGAUGGCAGCCCCACUCGCACGAGGAGUUUGAAGAGAUAGUGAAACAGGCGCUGAAUACAGGAGAGCGUGGAAGAUUGAGAUACGCCACACUAUUAUGUUCAAUGGUAGGAGCUCGCGCUGGGAAAUGUUAUUUAAUCACUGCAACUGGUCGCAUAGGUAUAGCCUGUGACAACAUACUAAAAGAUGAUAUCAUUGCCAUGCUACAGGGUGGUAGAGUUCCUGUCGUCCUACGUCCAAUGACUCAAGCUGGGCAUUACGAAUUCGUCGCAGAAUGUUAUGUUCAUGGUUUCAUGGACGGAGAGGCCCUUGGGGAGCCUCAAAAGUCCGCAGAAGUGGAGCGUGAUACCGUGAGCAUUGAAAAUGUUGACUGGAUCGACCGAGACGACUUAUCCUUUCCGGUCGAAGUAUUCCAUAUUCAUUGA